UGUCCCACUAUUCUAUUAUAUUAGCUGCUGUGGAUUUCGCAAUUCACACCGCUUUUCCUUUGCCUUGUUCCAAAAGCCUGUCGCCGCUAUUGCUCCGACCGCCUGCGAGAGCGCGAUGAAGGCCGUGGUGAUAACCAGCCCUGGCGGCCCGGAGGUACUCCAAUCCCAGGAGGUCGACGACCCCGCCGUCGGAGACGAGGAAGUCCUCAUCGAGGUCGCCGCUGCCGCUCUUAACCGGGCCGACACGCUGCAGCGCAAGGGCUCCUACCCCCCGCCCAACGGCGCCAGCCCCUACCCCGGCCUUGAGUGCUCCGGCACCAUCAUCGCGGUCGGCAAGUACGUCACCCGCUGGAAGGUCGGCGAUCAGGUUUGUGCUCUUCUAAGUGGAGGUGGGUAUGCGGAGAAGGUGGCAGCGCUGGCUGGGCAAGUCCUUCCUCUCCCACCAGGUGUUUCUUUGAGGGACGCUGCAAGCUUUCCUGAAGUGGCAUGCACAGUGUGGUCGACUGUGUUCAUGACGAGCAGGCUGUCCCCAGGGGAGUCUUUCCUGAUUCAUGGGGGAUCUAGUGGGAUUGGCACAUUUGCUAUCCAGAUGGCCAAACACCUUGGAAUUCGGGUGUUUGUCACAGCAGGUCUGGUGAUGUUAAUAGGAAAAAGAAAUAAACUUGUAGUGCACACCAGGUUGAUCAGAUUCAUGAUUAAUAUGUUGAACUCUGCUCACUUCUUAGGCACUGAAGAAAAACUAGCUGCCUGUAAGCAAUUAGGUGCUGACAUCUGCAUCAACUACAAGACCGAAGAUUUUGUCGCACGUGUGAAAGAAGAAACAGCUGGAAAAGGUGUUGAUGUUAUACUGGAUAACAUUGGUGCACCAUACUUGCAGCGAAAUCUUGACAGCUUAAAUAUCGAUGGGAGGCUUUUCAUCAUUGGUUUCCAGGGAGGCACCGUAACACAAGUGAAUCUCUCAUGUUUGCUUGCAAAGCGUCUUACUCUUCAAGCUGCUGGACUGCGGAACAGAAGCCCAGAAAAUAAAGCAGUGAUUGUUGGGGAGGUAGAGAAGAAUGUCUGGCCAGCUAUUGCAGCUGGAAAGGUGAAGCCUGUAGUCUGCAAGUCCUUUCCCCUGUCUGAAGCAGCAGAAGCUCAUAGGCUAAUGGAAAGCAGUGCUCAUAUUGGGAAAAUUCUGCUAAUUCCAUGAUCCGAAAGACAUUAUUCAGGCUCCAGAAUAGCUCGAAAUGGAUGAAUUGUUCCAGGUUGUUUGUCUGGUCACAUUGUAUUUAGUUGAAGAGGCAUCUUGUAUGGUUUUUAAGUCUUCUAAUAACAAGGAGCCAGUAUCGAUAUUAGCAGUGGAAUUUGAGCACUGGCUGAAGCUAAACAGACAUGAAGAUGCUCAAUACCUUUUAAUUUCUUUAUUUAGCUAAAAGGUGUCAUUUUGUUCCAUUUAAUGGAAUGUGAAGGAAACACUAAAUUAAGCUAGUAGUUGUAUGUGU